CCUCCGGACCAUAUAUAAGGGCUCGCUGCGCCCCGCCGCCUCGUUGUUUUCGGUACUGUCUUUCGGUUUUUCUGGGCUUGUGCGCUCGCUCGCUUCAGAGAUGUCUGGCCGGGGCAAACAGGGCGGCAAGGCGCGCGCCAAGGCCAAGUCGCGCUCGUCGCGCGCGGGGCUGCAGUUUCCCGUGGGCCGCGUGCACCGGCUGCUCCGCAAGGGCAACUACUCGGAGCGCGUGGGCGCCGGCGCCCCUGUCUACCUGGCCGCCGUGCUCGAGUACCUGACGGCCGAGAUCCUGGAGCUGGCGGGCAACGCGGCGCGCGACAACAAGAAGACGCGCAUCAUACCGCGCCACCUGCAGCUGGCCAUCCGCAACGACGAGGAGCUCAACAAGCUGCUGGGCCGCGUGACCAUCGCGCAGGGCGGCGUCCUGCCCAACAUCCAGGCCGUGCUGCUGCCCAAGAAGACCGAGAGUCACCACAAGGCCAAGGGCAAGUGAGGCCGGCGCCCUUCCGCGGACACCAAAGGCUCUUUUCAGAGCCACCCAUCUGCUCGGGAAAAGAGCUGCACCCAACCCGCGCCCGCCCGCAGGCCCGUGGCCUAGUCACCUUGGGCGCGCUAAUGAGCGCCUCGGUGCUGGGCUGGGACGCGGCCGGGAGCUGGGACCCGGGGCUGGCUGGGCCGCGCAGCCUCUCGCCAGGUAGGCUACCUGUGCCUCUUGCCGCAGGGAGCGCUCGCUCGUUACCCACAGGCGGCCACCCUUGCGUGUGAAUCUCUCGCCCCAAAAUCUCUCUUGGGGUUUUAACCCCGCCCACCCCAAAGGUGUCCGCAUGGCUGCUAGCGAUACGUUAGCGUCUUUGACUCUGGAAAGGUUCGCCUUUGGACAUGUCCGAGAUGGGUUUUCUGAUCCCAGGGACAAUCGCGUUCAUUCAUCUGGUAUUAAAAGUAUUUGCAAUCUUUUA